AUGGCAUCCCCGCCGCCGUCGCCGGAGCCGGACUGGGCCGGCCUCCCUGAUGAUGCCCUGCUUACAGUGUUCGAGCGCCUGGGCGCGCCGGAGGUGCUCAUGGGCGCCGGGGUCGUGUGCCGCAACUGGCUCCGCGUCGCCACCGGCGAGCCCGACCUCUGGCGCCGUGUUGACCUGUCCGACUGCUUCGACCCCACCAUCGACAUGGUGGCCAUGGCGUGCGCGGCCGUCGACCGCGCCGACGGCCGCCUCGAGCACUUCGCCGCCGAUUGUUUCGUCACCGACGCGCUGCUCUUCUACAUGGCCAAGAGAACUAAUGGGUUGAAAAGCCUUCGGCUAGUUAACUGCAUGAAAGUCUCACACAAAGGCUUGGUUGCUCUGGGCAAGAGAUCGCCCCAUCUCGAGGAGCUUGAGCUUACUACCUGCUCCAUCUAUAUUUCGAUGAAGGCUGUUGGCCAAGCAUUCCCACAGCUGAAGCGGCUGCGGCUGAACAACCGGUGGGUCAAUGUUGAGUGUGAAGAACAGUUCGAUAACCACCGUGCCCUCGACAUCGCCAGCAACAUGCCUGAGCUACGUCACCUUCAGCUCUUCGCCAAUCGGCUCCACAACAGUGCACUUGCUGCCAUACUUGACAACUGCCACCACCUCGAGUCCCUAGACCUGCGCCAGUGCUUCAACAUCCACAUUGAUGCAGAGCUGCGGGCAAAGUGUGCAAGGCUUAGAGACGUGAGGCUACCCAAGGACUCGACCAAUGACUACGAUCACGAGGCGUACAUUGAGACGCUUGAGCUGAAUUCCCUUCCACUUCUUUUUGCCCACGAUGGUGUUUUUACACAGCAAUACCCCUUCCAUGGAUCUGACCACAGUGAUGAGGACGAUCAGGAAGAUCUGGACGUAGCCCUUGGUCAUUUGGCUUUAUGAUAGGUGGUUACCAUGGGCAUGGGCUGAUCGUCUAUAGCAACUUAAAGUUCACAAUGGUCAUCUGGAGUUCUGUUUGUGGUACGAGUCGAACAUGUCCGUGUGUGUAUGUCUUCCAUAAUAAGAAGGCGCGCCGGAUUUGGUUCCUUUUUGUGUUGGGAAUUUUGCUAGCCUUGUCUUCUCCUUUGUAAACAGUAUGUACCUUAUAUUUACUAAAGAACAAUAUGUACCUUAUUACAUACGGCGUAUAUUUUGAAGAAAGAAAUGAAAGACCUCCAGCCUCUGCACCUGCA